GGGCGGCCCCCCCGUGCCCUGAGCAGCCGCCCAUGCCCGGCCCCUCUCCGAUGCCGCAUGUGCCAAAGGCCCCGGAGAGCGCCGGGACGGAGCCGCCGCCGGAGCCGCCGGUGGGCGCGUCCCUUUCUCCCGAGCGAGGCCACCCCAAGGUGACAAGAUUGAGCCCCUCAAGGUCACGGUCGAUUUCCUGAAGGCGCCCCUGGGCCUGAAGAAGCCCCCGCUGAAGGAGGCGCUGGGAAAAGCCAAAGCGCCGGCGCUGGAGCGGCGCCAAGCGCGGGCCAGCGACGCCAUGGACAAUGAGUCCCAGUACUCGGGCUACUCCUACAAAUCCGGCCACUCCCGCAGCUCCCGCAAGCACAGGGACCGGCGGGAGCGGCACCGCUCCAAAAGCCGGGAUGGGACCCGCGGGGACAAAUCCGUGACGAUCCAAGCGCCGGGAGAGCCUUUGCUGGACAACGAAUCCACGCGGGGGGACGAGAGGGACGACAACUGGGGCGAGACCACCACGGUGGUGACGGGGACGUCGGAGCACAGCAUCUCCCACGAUGACCUCACGCGCAUCACCAAGGACAUGGAGGACAGCGCCCACCUGGACUGCUCCCGCCACCUGGGUGUGGCCUUGGGCGUGGCCCUGGCCCUCCUGGCCUUCCUCACCCCCUUGGCCUUCCUCCUCCUCCCGCAGCUGCUGUGGCGGGAGGAGCUGGAGCCCUGCGGCACGCCCUGCGAGGGGCUCUUCAUCUCGGUGGCCUUCAAACUCCUCAUCCUCCUGCUGGGCAGCUGGGCCCUGUUCUUCCGCCGGCCCAAGGCCUUCUUCCCGCGCGUCUUCGUCUUCCGCGCGCUGCUCAUGGUGCUGGUCUUCCUGCUCGUCGUCUCCUACUGGCUCUUCUACGGCGUCCGCAUCCUGGACUCGCGCGACCGCAACUACCGCGCCGUGGUGCAGUUCGCCGUCUCCCUGGUGGACGCGCUGCUCUUCGUCCACUACCUGGCCGUGGUUCUGCUGGAGCUGCGGCAGCUCCAGCCCCAGUUCACGCUCAAGGCCGUGCGCUCGGCCGACGGCCCCAGCCGCUUCUACAACGUCGGCCACCUCAGCAUCCAGCGGGCGGCCGUGUGGAUCCUGGAGAAUUACUACCACGACUUCCCGGUCUACAACCCCGCCCUCCUCAACCUUCCAAAAUCCGUCCUGUCCAAGAAAAUGUCCGGCUUUAAAGUCUAUUCCCUCGGCGAGGAGAAUUCCACCAACAACUCCACGGGGCAGUCGCGCGCGGUGAUCGCGGCGGCGGCGCGGCGGCGCGACAACAGCCACAACGAGUUCUACUACGAGGAGGCCGAGCACGAGCGCCGGGUGCGGAAACGCCGCGCCAGGCUGGUGGUGGCGGUGGAAGAGGCCUUCACCCACAUCAAGCGGCUGCAGGAGGAGGAGCAGAAGAACCCGCGGGAGAUCAUGGACCCGCGCGAGGCCGCCCAGGCCAUCUUCGCCUCCAUGGCCCGGGCCAUGCAGAAAUACCUGCGCACCACCAAGCAGCAGCCCUACCACACCAUGGAGAGCAUCCUGCAGCACCUCGAGUUCUGCAUCACCCACGACAUGACCCCCAAGGCCUUCCUGGAGCGGUACCUGACGGCCGGCCCCACCAUCCAGUACCACAAGGACCGCUGGCUGGCCAAGCAGUGGACACUGGUCAGCGAGGAGCCGGUGACCAACGGCCUCAAGGACGGCGUGGUCUUCGUGCUCAAGCGCCAGGACUUCAGCCUGGUGGUGUCCACCAAGAAGAUCCCGUUCUUCAAACUCUCCGAGGAGUUCGUGGACCCCAAGUCUCACAAGUUCAUCAUGAGGCUGCAGUCGGAGACCUCGGUGUGAUUUGGCCGGGAUGGGAUUUUUUUUCCCUUUCCCGAAUUUUUCCGGCUCCGAAUCUCCCGAUUUGGCUCCUCUGGCGCCUCCCUGGGAUCGUGACCACUCGUCCUUUUUGAGGUGGCUGAGCCCCUUUUCCUCCACCUCCUCCUCCUCUUCCUGCUCCUCCUCCUCCUCAUUCCCGAAAUCCGGAUCCUCUGGAGCCGUAACUCAAGGGCUAAUUCCAAGAAUUCCCAACUUCCUUCUUCACCAGCGUCCUGGAGCAGCUCUGGGUCCCACAGAGCUCCGGCUCCCGUUUGUUUUCUCCUGGACAAUUCUCCUGGCUCUGGCCUUAAACCACUGCCCUGGGGCUGGGUUUGCAAUCCCAAGGGAAUUUUUUUAGGGGGGAAGAAUUUUGGAAUCAUCUCCAGGAUCCUUGGCUGCUGUGGAAAAGCUCCCGGGGCGCAUCCCAGGUUUUGGCAGCGUCCUCCUCGCCUUUGCUGAUGU